AAACCAAUGGGAGGAUUUCUUACUGCGUUGAACAGAAACGAAGAAGAGUUGGAAAUGGCGCUGUCUCAGGCUAAGGAGCUUGUCUCUUCCAAUCCCGUCGUCGUUUUCAGCAAGACCUAUUGUGGAUAUUGCACGCGGGUUAAGAAGUUGCUAUCACAGUUGGGGGCGAAUUACAAAGUGAUUGAAUUGGAUGUCGAAAGCGAUGGAGAUGCAGUCCAAUCUGCACUGGUAGAGUGGACCGGACAACGGACCGUCCCAAAUGUGUUCAUAAAUGGAAACCACAUCGGUGGAUGCGACAAUGUAACAGCCAAACACAAUGAAGGGAAGCUGGUGCCAUUGCUGACUGAAGCAGGUGCUAUUGCCAAUGCCUCCUCUUAGAACACUCUAGUAUGUUGGAUAUUAUGUUUAGCAUAUAAGCCUAAUGACUGAGAAAAUGUGGAAAGAGAAAUAAAGGGUAGAAGUCAUAAUAGUGCUUGAAUGUGUUAUCAAGCUGCUGCUUUUAAGUAUGUGAAUUUCGACUCUCAUUUUUAUUUUUGGGUUAAUACUUAAUAGGUAGUUUUUGUGGACAA